AUGUUCCAACGCCGGUUAGUGCUGUGCAGUCGGCUGGUGUUUGCUGCGAGUGACUGCUGUCUCAAUCGCGCCACAUCAUUUCAACCCUUUUCACAGCGGGACGAGGAAGAUUUAAUUCGUGUAGUGAAGACGAAACCUCGCCAUGUACUGAAGCAUGUCCGUCAGCAAGUUUGGCGCUCACGGAAGCGCGAAUUGCACUUCCGUAACACCGUCACACAUUUGAUGAUUGUGCUGCAGGAGUUCCUUCGCAAGCAGAUGAUUGACCCCGCGAAUGCCUCACAAAUAAUGGAGGGUAUCAUGGAGGAAUGCGUAAAGUACUCUCAACACGAUAUGGCACAUCUCCUUUUCCGAGCCUUCCUGCGAUUCCGCAAAUACGGCUGCGUCAUUACAGUGGAUGCGCUGCGGCAUUUAUUUGAGUCGUAUAAGGAGAAUGACAGCAGUGAUUUGAUGCUUCAACUAGCAAAUGAGAUGCGAGGGGAUCCAGCGUUGCGGGCCUUAUGCGUAGCGGCAUAUCUUUUUGCUAAUCACUUGGAGGAGGCGGAGACGCUGCAAGAGGGACUGGCAUUUAGCGAUCUGACAAGGGACGAUAUUAUUGCUCUUAUCGAAGGGUACGACAAACUUAACAAGACGGAAAAAAUUAUGGACGUGCUGAAGAAUGUUACGGAAAUAACGAAAAAUGACGGCGGUGCCAAGUCCGUCCGUUUGGAGCCGGAUGAUUUAGAUGCCAUAUUUCGCUCUUUCUUCCGCGUUUUCCACAGGCGAGAUGAUGACACCGCCUUCACCGAAGUGUUCCAAGCGGCGUUUAGGGGGUCCGUUAAGUUGGAUUCACAAACUUUUGCCAUCAUACUCCGGCAACGAAUGCGACAUGUGACGUGCAUGGAGGAAAUAACUGCUGUGGAGCAGGAACUGCAGGAGUUCGGGUACACGCCAGAUGUGACGGGGAAUUCCAUACUAAUCUCCGCCUACGCUCGCCUCGUGCACUUUGGAGACCGUGGAAGUGAGGAAUUGAUGUUAGCGAAGGUGGACACUCUUCUUUCAUCUAUCGAGUCGCGGCUGCGGCAGGGUGAUCCCGACAUGGACGUGAGCGCAGCACACAUUAGGGCGGUAAUUCGUGGUUAUGGCGCUGCGGGACGGCCCGAGUCUAUCAAAAGUGCUUGGGCCCGUAUGCAGUGCAAGGGCUUAAGUGACGAUAUUCGUGUGUAUAAUGAGUUGUUCAAGUGGUUCGCGCUCAUGGGAAGCGUGAAGGAUGUCAUGGGUUUAAAGGAAGAAAUGGAUGCGGCAGGUCUGCACGCGGAUUCUCAAACCUACACAUGGAUUCUUCGGGCUCUCGGGAAGUACUACCCGAGGCACGUGGAAAAGUUGUACGAUGAAAUGACCACACGCCAUGUGCGACCCGAUACUCAACUUUACACAACGCUCAUCGGGAUCUUUGGUGACGUUGGGGACAUGGCGCGUGUGGAGGCAAUCACACAAGAGAUGAUGCGACGUGAGGAGGCUGGCACGUUACAGCUCACGCCCGUUACCUUUGCUGUGCUAAUACGCGUACAUGCUGCUGAUUUAGCCAAGGCGGAGGAGAUAUACAGGGAAUCGAAGAAGCGUGCCAUGAACGACCAUCCACAUGUGCAGACGAGUAUGCUCCACGUGUAUGCGAACCAUGGGGAAGGGUCGGAGGGACUGGAUAGUUUUCUCAAGGAGAUUCCCACAUGGACAACGGACGUGUAUAACGUAUUACUGAACAAGUAUGGGAAGGCGUGCGAUCGUGAGAAGGUGGAAGAAUUGGUUAGGCAGAUGAAGGAGAAGGAUGUUGCAAUGAAUGACGUUACGUUCGGCACCCUCAUCACUGCGUACGCGCGGUGGGGGAACGGGGAAAAGGUGCGUGAAAUGAUUCAGUUGCUGAAGGAGCACGAGGGUGAAGUGUCGGCCACCUUUUAUUCCGUGCUUGCCUCUUCGCUAAGCAGAAUGGGUGACAUGGAGGGUGUGAGUAACGCCUGGGAUGAUUUGAUUGCAUCAAAACUUUUUCCCGAUACGGAGGUAUACAAUCAGUUCCUGUUGUUGUACAGCCGCCAGCAUAACGCUGGAAAGAUGCAGGCUGUGCUCAACAACAUGAUGAAGCACGUGCCACCAAACCCUGUGACGGCGACGACCAUUCUCGACAUGCUGGGGAAAUCUGGCCGCGUGGCGGAGAUGGAAUCCCUUUUUGAGGACAUGAAAUCAUCUGCGGACACGAUGCCGACAGCAGUGACGUAUCACCAGAUGAUGAACACAUAUGCGAAAACGGGAGAUAUCGUGAAAAUGGAGAAGCUUCACGCAGAGUACGUGGAGAAGGGUCACAACAAUAACGCCGUAACAUACAACAUACUUGCGGACGGGUAUGGGCGGGCGCGACGCUUGGAACAAAUGGAGGAAGUGUUCCAGCAGAGGCGAAAGGCGGAAGUCCCCAUGGAUGAUCUCGGCUACUGCAUCAUGGUGGCGGCGUAUGGGAGGCUACGCGUGAAGAAAGAGGUGUUGCGUUUGUAUGCUGAUGUGUCAUCGACAGCAAACAGUCACCUUUUCACACGGAAGGUAACGUGGGCGUUUAUUGACGCCUUCUGUCGUUGUAGCGCACCGGAGGAAAUGGAGAAGUGUGUAGAGGUAUUGAAGAAGUCGAAUGAAGGCAAUGUAUUGAGUGGAGGUGAUAUCCUGGCUCUCAUUCCAUACUAUUGCCGGCUGGGGGACAUGAAUCGCGUCGAGAAGCUUCGGUUACAGGCUGAAGAGCUGAAGGCGGAGAUGUCGUACUCCGCCUUGAAUGCGAUGGCGCGGGGUUAUGCGAAGAACGGCCAGUUUGAGAAGACUGUGGAGACUCUUCAUUUGCUGCGCGAUAGGAAUUGGGUUCCAGAUGCAUCAACGGCGCUCUUUCUUUCUGGUGCUUUCCUGAAGGCUGGGUUGCAUGAGCAGGCGCAGCAAAUUGUUCAGUGGCGGCGGCAGUACGCAAAGCACGCAGGAGAGGAGAUGGCUGCCGGUGCGGAUGUUUAG